GAGACUGAGAGCGGCGAUAAAUGUUAGCACGAAGAGACAAAAGGGACAACAAAAUUUAAACGGCACGGAAGAUCUCUCUCUCUCUCUCUCUCUCUCUCUGAUAACUCACCGCCGAGAUCGCAACGGCCAGCCGUGGCAUUACGGCGGCGCCGAUUUGUCCUUACAUUCCGGAGAUCUCGUAGAAUUCCUUGGCUUCGUUGUUCGUCAACUGCUUCGGAUUAGCUUCCUCAUUUCCAUUUACACCUUUUUUUUAAAAAAUUUUGUUUGGAUUUCACCAUUUCUAUUCCAGGAAAAUAAUCAAGAGGUAUCCAAAAUGAUAGGAUCCUUUCUCACUAGAGGGCUUGUAUUGAUUUUCGGCUAUGCUUAUCCAGCUUAUGAGUGCUACAAAACUGUCGAAAAGAAUAAGCCGGAGAUCGAGCAACUUCUCUUUUGGUGCCAGUAUUGGAUUUUGGUGGCAGUUUUGACAGUUUGCGAGAGAUUUGGAGAUGCUUUUAUUUCAUGGGUUCCAAUGUAUAGUGAAGCGAAGUUGGCAUUCUUUAUAUAUUUGUGGUACCCAAAAACAAAGGGAACAACGUAUGUGUAUGAUUCGUUCUUUAGACCAUAUCUUGCAAAGCAUGAGACUGAGAUUGAUCGGAACUUAUUAGAACUGAGGACUAGGGCUGGAGAUAUUGCAGUUUUGUAUUGGCAAAGAGCCGCAAGCUAUGGUCAGACCAGAAUAUAUGAUAUUUUGCAGUAUGUCGCUACCCAAUCAACACCACGGCCUCGUCCUUCUCAGCCACAACAGCCAAGUGUCAGGGUUGGCAAAACCCCUGCUACCUCUAAUCGACAAGCAGCUAGCCCAGUACAACCAGAGACUGAAGAACCACCAUCUCCCUCUUCUAGUACAUCUUCCAACCAUCACCAAAAGGAGGUAGCGGAAGAGGUUGGUUGUGCACAAGAGCCUAAAGGACCUCCUGCUGCAGUAGGUGUGAAUACGCAAAAAGCAACUGCUGCACCCGAAAAAACCAGCGAAGCUACACCAACUGAAACUGAAACAAUGCAGAUUGAAGUAGCGCCUUCUUCUUCUUCCAAUGAUGAGAACACAAAUCCUGCCCCAAAAGAAACUGUAAUGGAAGAAGCCAUUCGGGUUACACGUGGACGAUUGAGGAAAGCCCGUUCUGCCGGGAAAUCCCCAAAGAAUGAAAGUGCAACUCGCGAAUGAUUGGGGAUGACGAUAAAAGGUGAUUUUGUUAAUGUUAGCAUGCGUUGGAGGGUUGGGAGGCGUAUCAGCUGGCUGAUGCAUGUAAGUUUGGUCGUCAAAAGUUGGUGGAAGCAUACUUAGGUUUCGAAGGCUUUUCUAAAUUUAUUGAUAUAUGCUUUUGGUUAGAAGACGUAUUGUUUUAGGACUAGGGCCAUGAUGGCACUAUCCUUUUAGUUUGAAAGACCAGCUUGAAGUUUUCCACGUCCUAAAACCACAGAAAAAAAUAUGAUUAGUUAUACCAGGAUAAAAUUAUUGACCCCUUAAGAGAUAUUUGUCAGUGCGAAACUGAAUUUAGGAUGUCUGAGUCCUGACAGAUUACAAAUGCCUU